AUGAUGAAACCAGCGUCAUUUAAACCCACUCUAAUCAUCCACGGCGGCGCCGGGAAUAUCCAACGCUCCAAACUCCCCCCAGACCUCUACGCCGCCCACCACGCCUCCCUCCAAUCCUAUCUCCGUUCAACACACGCCCUCCUCAAAAAUGGCAGCACAGCUCUGGACGCAGCCGUCCACGCCGUCUCGCUCCUAGAAGACGACCCUCUCUUCAACUGCGGCCGUGGAAGCGUCUUCACAACAGCCGGAACAAUCGAAAUGGAAGCCUCAGUAAUGGUGACAUCCCUCCAGCAAGACGCAACACAACCAGGCGCAAUCAAGCGCGGCGCAGGCGUGAUGGGCGUCCGUAAUGUGCGUCAUCCAAUCCGCCUCGCGCGUGAAUCGCUCCUUAGAGCGGGUGUCGCCGCUGAUGGAUCUCCUAUAGAUGACGGAGGGAGUAUGCAUUCACAGAUGGUUGGUCCGUAUGUUGAGACACUUGCUCGGGAAUGGGGGCUGGAGUUUUGUUCCGAUGAGUGGUUCUUUACGCAGAAGAGGUGGGAUGAGCAUAUGAGGGGUUUGAAAGGGGAGGAGGAGCCUGUUUCGUUGAGUCAGGGCACUGUCGGUUGUGUCUGUCUCGAUCAGUGGGGGAAUUUGGCUGUCGCCACUAGUACUGGUGGUUUGACGAAUAAGUUGCCUGGGAGAAUUGGUGAUACACCUACCUUGGGUGCUGGGUUCUGGGCUGAGGCCUGGGAUGAGAUCGUGUCGGGUGGUGGCGAGGCAGUGCCGGAAGAUCCCUCGAUGGGUGGUCUGCUACGCGACGCAAGGAAUUGGCUGGGGGAUUGUAUGCCGGUGUUUUUGCGAGAUCAGGCCUCAGCUAAUUACUCGUCCCUUUCCGUUGAUGCUUCCUCCCGGCUGCUGAACCUGGGGUCCGAGAAGGCUUGUCAUCCUUAUCAAUCACCUGCUCAAUACUCUCGUCGGCGGGCCGUUGCAGUCUCCGGAACUGGGAAUGGAGACUCGUUCCUUCGUGUUGCGGCUGCGCGCACCACUGCUGCAAUGCUACGGUUUUCUUCGCCUGGCAGCUUCCCUUCUGGCCUAGGCGAUGCAGUGACGGCUGUUUCUGGGCCUGGUGGUGAACUUCAACGUUCCGCUGGCUCCAGGUGGAAUAAUACUGGUGAGGGCGAAGGAGGUAUCAUUGGUAUAGAGGCAGAGCUUGCCCCUAUAAACGGGGCAUCGGAUGUCAAGCUACAUCGGGGCAAGGUCGUAUUUGACUUCAAUUGUGGUGGUAUGUGGCGUGCCUGGGUAGAGGAGGAUGCUGCUGGCAACGAAGUUGAGAGGAUUAUGGUCUUCCGAGAGCAAUAUCAGUAG